CGACUUGGGUUCCGCGGGCGGCGGAGCGGGCGCGCGCUCCGGGGGUCGCGCGGCUGCCGAGAAGGGCGAGCGCGCGCGGGGAGGGAGUGGAGGCGUAGGGGGGCGGGGGUACGGCUCGCUCGCUCGCAAGAUGGCGGACGAGGACGGGGAAGGGAUUCACCCCUCAGCCCCUCACAGGAACGGAGGUGGCGGCGGCGGUGGGGGCUCUGGGCUCCACUGCGCGGGGAACGGCGGCGGGGGAGGCGGCGGCCCGCGGGUCGUGCGCAUCGUCAAGUCCGAGUCCGGCUACGGCUUCAACGUGCGGGGCCAAGUGAGCGAGGGCGGGCAACUGCGGAGCAUCAACGGGGAGCUGUACGCGCCGCUGCAGCAUGUGAGCGCCGUGCUGCCCGGGGGGGCGGCCGACCGGGCCGGGGUGCGCAAGGGGGACCGCAUCCUGGAGGUGAACGGCGUGAAUGUUGAGGGGGCGACACACAAGCAGGUGGUGGACCUGAUCCGAGCAGGCGAGAAGGAAUUGAUCUUGACAGUGUUGUCUGUGCCUCCACAUGAGGCAGAUAACCUAGAUCCCAGUGAAGACUCGUUGGGACAAUCAUUUUAUGAUUACACAGAAAAGCAAGCUGUGCCCAUAUCGGUCCCCACAUACAAACAUGUGGAGCAGAAUGGUGAGAAGUUUGUGGUAUACAAUGUUUAUAUGGCAGGGAGGCAGCUGUGUUCUAAGCGGUACCGGGAGUUUGCUAUCCUACACCAGAACCUGAAGAGAGAGUUUGCCAACUUUACAUUUCCCCGACUUCCAGGGAAGUGGCCAUUCUCUUUAUCAGAACAGCAAUUAGAUGCCCGACGUCGGGGGUUGGAAGAAUAUCUAGAAAAAGUAUGCUCAAUACGUGUCAUUGGUGAGAGUGACAUCAUGCAGGAAUUCCUAUCAGAAUCAGAUGAGAACUACAAUGGUGUGUCCGACGUAGAACUGAGAGUAGCAUUACCAGAUGGAACAACAGUUACAGUCAGGGUUAAAAAGAACAGUACCACAGACCAAGUGUAUCAGGCUAUUGCAGCAAAGGUUGGCAUGGACAGUACAACGGUGAAUUACUUUGCCUUAUUUGAAGUGAUCAAUCAUUCCUUUGUACGUAAGCUGGCACCUAAUGAAUUUCCUCAUAAACUCUACGUCCAGAAUUACACAUCAGCUGUGCCAGGCACCUGCCUGACCAUUCGAAAGUGGCUUUUUACGACAGAAGAAGAAAUCCUCUUAAAUGACAAUGACCUUGCUGUUACCUACUUUUUUCAUCAGGCCGUUGAUGAUGUGAAAAAAGGUUAUAUCAAAGCAGAGGAAAAGUCCUACCAGUUACAGAAGCUGUAUGAACAAAGGAAAAUGGUCAUGUAUCUCAACAUGCUGAGGACUUGUGAGGGCUACAAUGAAAUCAUCUUCCCCCACUGCGCCUGUGACUCCAGGAGGAAGGGGCACGUUAUCACAGCCAUCAGCAUCACGCACUUUAAACUGCAUGCCUGCACUGAAGAAGGACAGCUGGAGAACCAGGUAAUAGCAUUUGAAUGGGACGAGAUGCAGCGAUGGGAUACGGAUGAAGAAGGAAUGGCCUUCUGCUUCGAGUAUGCACGAGGAGAGAAGAAGCCUCGAUGGGUUAAAAUCUUCACACCAUAUUUUAAUUAUAUGCACGAAUGCUUCGAGAGGGUGUUCUGUGAGCUCAAGUGGAGAAAAGAGGUAAUUCGAAGCAAUCUUGAAUUGGUCUUUUCAUCUUUUAUUGUUUAAAAUGAUAGGCCUGUGGCCAGAUACCCGGGACCCUCACCUCCAUCUGUCUUUCUAGGAAUACUAGUUAGAGACUGGUUAUUCUUCCAGCCUUUGGAUGCUGAAUAGACUAUACGAGAAAAGCCCUGCUUCUUCCUCUGUCUAGAGGGUAGCUGUUGGCUGCAGGCUAUUCCACCUCCUGUGACUUCAUGGACCCUCCUCUGCCUGGUUUUUGUUUUUGUUUUUUAAUCCAAUCACUGCCUAUGUUGUUCCUGACCCAGAAGGGCAGCUGUCCCCAGUUUUAGCUGUUCUGACUAGAUGACUGCUGACAGAGCCCGUCGGGGCUAACCAGGAAUGCAUGUGUGUGGGAAGGUUUCCACUAUUGCUUUACUGCUGUCCUUAUGCCAGUGCUGGAAAAUUUGGAAGAUUCUGAAUAAUUAGCUACUUAUUCUCAAAGAAAAUGUUUCUGAAGUUCAGAAGGUAAAGUCAAGAACAUAAAAUUCAUAUUCUUGGUAUAGUAGGAAGAACACUGGGCUCUGAGAAUCAGACGACGAUUCUCUCCCAGCAUUUUUUCUCCCUGCAGUGUUGGGCAAGUGAGCCUCCCCUAGAUCUCAGUUUUCUCAUCUGUAAAAUGGGAAGGCUGAACCAGAUUAUUAAUAGUUAAGCUCCUCUCUGGGUCUAAAAGGCUAUGCUUCCACAUGGGAAGUUGUAGCAGAGGUGGAGGCCAGUGAGGUGGAGUCAUCCAGCCAUGCGUCUGUGUGUCUGAGGCUGGCCUCCAGAAGGGGAGAGAUGCAGAUACCUCAGGCUUCCCAGUGACUGUUUUCUGUUUUCCUUUCAGAACAUUUUCCGGAUGGCGAGGUCACAGCAGAGGGAUGUGGCCACCUAGCCUUCCCUCACCCCUCCUCUUCACCCUCAUCCUCUCACCCCUUCUGUCUCCUGUGUCAGAGUAACCAUUAACACAAAAGAAGAGAAAAAGGAAAAAAGUCAUUAUGUUCAAAAGCCCUAAACUAAAUACUAUUAAUAAUCCCUCUGAGUUUCAUGUCUCUGGAAUUGAGCUGGUAGAGAACGACAGAUUGGUCCGCACCGGGAGCAGCUGAGUUCAGACAGGAAAUUAAGCCCAACCACACGCCAAAGGUGUCUUUAUCCUCUCACCUGGGCCUCACACCAACAGACUCUCCUUGUACUAUAUUUUUAAAACUGGAACUAUGAACUCCAUCCAUUUGCACUGUUCAGACAUAUAUAUGUAUGUAUGUAAAAAUUAUAUAUACACAAAUUAGUUGCACGUAUAUACAUAUAUAUAUUUCUUUUUAAAUUUCAUAUUGAUGGCAGUACCUUUUUUAGCUUGUGUUUUUACACACCUUUCACUAGAAUUCAUGACUUCUCUCUUGCUCUCUUUAUUUUGAAACAAACUUUAAAAAGGAAAAAAAAAUAUUUUACUGGGAAAAUACCUCUCCUCAUGAAGGACUCGAAAAGUUUACAACCUGCUUGGGUUUUUUUCCCCCUUUUUUGUAUUGAGUGAAGAUUCUGGCUUAUGGGUUGGCAUAGAGUCUGAGGAGCAAGGAGCAUAGUUUCUUUAUCUUCCAAGAAGCUGCUGGGAGGAGACCGAGGUGUAUUUCUCAAGGGCAGCAAGACUUGCAGAUCUGCAGGGAGAGUCUGAAGACUUGGUGUGGUCCUCGAUUCCAAGACAGCUUUCCUGGCCCAGCUCUCUCCCACUCACGGCUUUCUAGCCACACUCCCCAUCUCCUUCUUGCUUCCCGAGGGCCCCUUGUGUGCUCUCCACUGACCUAGAAUGGAGGGGAGAGGUGGGCUCAGGAGGUUGAUGCCACAGGAACCUGAAACAUUUCAUGGUUGUCAUUUCCCAUUUCUCCUUCUGAAGCAGGCAGAGUACUAGGGACCAGAGUUAAAGCCAAUACCUUUAGGCACAAAGAUUGGACUUAGGGGAAAGGAAGGAAGGAAUACCUUGUGUACCUAAGCUUUUCCCCACUCCAUUCCUGACCAGUAACCAUCCAUAACCAUUACAUUCUCUGUGACUUCCUUAAACAGCUGUGUUGGGGAGGAAUCUGACAGUGUCCCCGAGGCCUUGGGGAAAUUUAGUCAGUGGUCUGGGCCAGCCAAACCAGUGCCCAUCCAAGCCAGCUGAGGACCCAGGAAGCACCAGUAGGGAUAUGGUCGGUUUGGGUUGGAUCUCAACUUCUAAUGAAAAGGAGACUGAAGGAAAGCUUUUCUGUCUCUCAAAGAGUUCCUCGUCUCACCUUGGGAUUUUGAGACCCAAGAGCUGCACCCAGGGCCUGGGGGGGCCAGGCUUACCAGCUGGCAUCUCAUGUUGGGAUUUUGAGCCCUAAGAGCUGCACCCCAGGGCCUGGGGGGCCGGGCUCACCAGCUGGGGCAACACUCUCAGGCAGGCUCUGUAGAUACUGCACUGGGAGCUCCAAGUCAGACUCUGAUGCUGCUGAAACACAUCCACGAGCCUUCUUUUCUUUUUCCCUUCUCCACUCUCUACACAAAACCUCCACUGGGUGGCGUCUUUGGCUUUGUCUAACUGGGAGGCCACCUUACCAGGUUUAGUCACUCCACUGAGCAGUGGCGGGGUGGUUUGAAGUUUCUCUUUGGUGACUUGAUUUUGCAGACCAUUGUGAGGCCACUUUUCUUUCUCACUCUGUUACCCUGGCGGCUGCUUGCCCCAGGACAGUUGUCCAUCAUACAGGACAUCUGUCUUCCCUCCCUUUCUCCAAACCCAGUUGGGAUCACAGUGCAGAAUGUAGGAAUGCUCAAUGUUUAAAGGUGCAGAGAGCGAUCCCCGAUUUGAAAGUUUUGAUACAGAAUUAGCUUCUUUUGGCUUAAGUGAAUUUAAUAAUGAGCCAGAGGGCCCUAGAAAGGAGAUCUCUUUCCCCACUCCAAGACACCAAAGAGGCUUUUGGUGCCAGCUUUUUCCCACUGCAAACACAGCAGCGGCUUGCCCCUGUGCCCUCAGACUGGGAGAGGAAUGGACAAAUCUGGGAGUCCGUGCAAUGUUCCCACUGCUGACCUCUGAGUGUGAAGUGUCAGGUGGGGGGAGGGUGCCCUUGGGUCUGAGGCCCCUUGGAGUGGGUGCCACUCUGUUCCUUUGGCAGAGCACGCACUUGGUGCUUUGGAGACUGGGCAAGGGCCCCACGCAUGGGUGGUUGGCCUGUUGGCAGAAUCUGUUUAGAAACAGCCCCUACUGGCUGUACCAGUAAAAGCUGCAGUGAGGACGGGGAAGGAGGGAGCCCCUGGCCAACAGUACCUUUCCCCCUUCCUCCCACAGCAGGCCUCUUGGACCGGCGCGCAGAGGUCACUGUGGCUCCAUAGGAUCAAGCUCUUUUUUGCAUGAAGCAGUGUUAGUGUGACACUCCUCCCCGCCCCACCCCCCACCCCCCCGCCACACACACACACCCUUGUUCUGUACUUCCUCUCCCUAAUCCCUGCUAUGGUUCUCAGUCCUGGGUUCUGCCCAGGGAGCCCUCUGCCCAGUCUUCUUUUGCAGUUUGUCUCUGGAAAAUGGAGGGGCUCCCCUCCCCCCCUCCGUUGCCCCAGCAGAGCCAGCAGGGUCUUCCUGAUCUGUUGUCCUCCCCUCUACCACUCAGUUUCUAUCCUCUGGUAAAAGCUCAGAGUUUUGUAUAGAUCAGGGAAAAAUGCAGGCCCUGAGAAACCUGUCCCUGCAGAAAGGUUCCCUUGGGCCAUGCUUUGGGCUCUCUGCUCUUUAUAUUUUUAUUCUACUCUCCAUUUUCCUGCCCUCCUCUUGCCCUCUGCCUAAGUUCAGCCCAGCUGUCUGCUGAGGGCAGCUCCUAGGCCUGGCCUGUCUAGUUUUCUCCUGUCGUCACCCAGGCUAGUAGCUUUGGUUAUCCCCUUCUAGUUCCAAACCUAGUGCCUGGAGCUGCUGUACAGGGCAUUGACAGGAGGGGACACAUCUCUCUCCUCUCAGAGUUUGCCCCCUUACAGCCUGGCUCCGAGGAAGCAGUUUUCCUCAAGGGGACUGUAUCCUGGCUGACCCAAAGUCUCCAGACCUGGAGGGACUACUGUGCCCCCCUUGUCUCCAUCGUGCUUUCUGACUGGAUCAGUUCAGAGACCAUUUGGACUGUUGGAGCCCAGCACCCCACUAGAUUCCCCUGCCAGAGUCAGUGUGUCCCAUUAGCUUCCCUUUGAAGGGGGGUGGGGGAACAGUGUGGCUGGUGCUCGGAGAGAGAAGAGCGACAGCGACAGCGGCGGAACUCGUGCAUUCCAGUCCUACCACCCGCCUGCCUCCCCUCUGCCCCCCAGCGCCGUGCCAGGCUCCACCCCGGGGCGGCAGCUCAGUCCUCAGCAAUAAUCUCGAGUGUGGGGGUGCUUAGGGUUCUGGGGAAGGGCAGGAGCAAAGAGGGCAGUGCUGUGGGCUGGAGGCACUUGGCCAGCUGCUAAAUUAGACCCCGGUUUUAUAUCAUGCCCCCUUUUUAAGCCGGUGAGCUGGGCUUCAGUUUUCCCCAGGCCAUGCACACUUUUAAUUUAUUUGACAAACUCUAAUUGUAUUUUCACUGCAGUAUCUUGUAUUUUUUAUUUGUGAUUUAAGAAAUGUGAAGAGAAAAUACACAGACACAUAAUGGCUAACAGUGUUUCUUUCAUUCCUUGUUCUACAGCUAACCACUCUAAAAUUGUUUGGUAAUGUCACUUAGUGUAAUUAAUUGUAACAUAUUCUUUUAAAUAAAUUGAUUUAUUGAUGAAACUA